AUUUAUUUAAUUCCCGCUCAUCCACUUCCAAAACGAAUUCCCUUUCUCUCUGCCCCUUUCGAUCUCACGAUCUUGCCGGUGAUUGGGCCUUGAAAAAAAAAAAAUCCUUGCAUAGUCGAUAAUUAAUCGAAAAGUUAACCUUUUCCUGCCCUUUUCGCUCUUCUUUCCUUUGUUUAGUCUCGCAAGUAACUAAUUUAACUUAGUUUACUCUUCCGUGGUAGAUGUGUCUCCUUCCACCUUUUAAACUAGGGUUAGGGUUUCUCAUCCCCGUCCCCCUCAUCUUCACUCCUAUUCCCCUGAUUCCCCUUUGCAUCGCUGCGAGAUCGGUCCUGGAUCCCUGAUUUCUCUGUACAGAUUGGGGCUUUUGUUGGAGAGAGAGAGAGCAACUUGAUCGAUCAUGAGUAGAUCGAGAUCAAGCAGGGAGACAUUUCAAGAUCUUGAGUUAAGGCUUGGGCCUGCUUUUCUAUCAAAGGGAGGUAUGCUGGCUGCUAGUUGCUUAAGAGGUUGUCCCGACUUUGUAAUGGUCAAGGAUGAUGAGGAUUAUGCGCCAAUAUAUCCUGCUGUCUCUUCAGGAGAGACAUUUAGGUCUUUCCCUUAUUCAAGUCCAUGGGCACCUGCAAUCAAAGAAGAGGACUUAGAACUUCGGCUUGGAGUUGGAGCCUCUUAUGGAUAUUCUGGGAAUUCAAGUGGUGGUGCUAAUACGUUAGAAGAUAGAUUCAGAAACCCCAAUGCUUGGAAAUCCAGCAAGGCAUCAAGCAGCCAAUACAUGUCUGACUUCAAGGAAGUGAAGCUGAGAUGUGCUAUUUGUAUGGACACCAUGAAAGAGGAGACAUCCACACUUUGUGGGCAUGUAUUUUGCAAAGCUUGCAUCACUAAUGCCAUCCGAGUGCAGAAGAGAUGCCCAACCUGCCGGGAGAAACUUUCCGUCAGCAAUAUUCACCGCAUAUACCUCCCAGGAGCAACUUCCUAGCAACGAUCACAUUCAAGUUUUUCUCUGCCCUCUUUUGAUCCUCUAACAUCAUCUGAUGGUAAGCCACAUUUAAUGGGGGGAAAUGUGGGCUAUGACACCCUUAAUAAUAUCAUAGAAGGUUCUGGAACAUUAGGGAUUGUAUCAGUGAUUGUGAGACCUAAUUAUAUGUUGUUUUUGUGGAUGAUAAAGUUUUGGAUAUGUAUGUAGGGAUUCUUUGAACUCGAGUUAUAAGUAUAUACCAUGAUCAUUGAAUGGUCUUAAGUGAAUUUAA